AUGUCGCGGUCCUACGCGAACCUCCUCGACCUAUCAGGGGACGCGCCGCUGUUCACGCGCCCAGUCGCGCGCGGAAGCAAGGGCAGCCUCACCCGCUCCGCCACGGCGACGGGGACGAUUGCGGACGGCGGGCGGCCGGGCGCGGGGAAUCUGAUGGGGCUGGGCGGGGGGGUGGACGAGGCGUCAAGCUCGGGAUCGGAAUCGCCGUCGAGCCUGGCGCAAGAGCGGUUGAUUAUUGUGGCGAACAUGCUUCCGCUGCACGCGGAACGGGACCCCGCCACGCAGGAGUGGGCGUUCAGGUGGGACGAGGACGCGCUGCUGCUGCAGAUGAAAGACGGCAUCACAGCCGGCAGCGACGAGGACAUGGAGAUCAUCUACAUCGGCUCGCUCAAGGUGGAGGUAGACCCAUCGGAGCAGGACAGGGUGGCAGCAACGCUUCUAGAGAACUUCAACUGCGUCCCCACCUUUUUGCCAGCCGACCUCAAAGCCAGAUUCUACCACGGCUUCUGCAAGCAGCAGCUAUGGCCGCUCUUCCACUACCUCCUCCCGCUGGGCCCGUCCCACUCAUCCGGUCUAUUCGACCGGGAGCUGUGGCAGGCGUACGUGAGUGCGAACAAGAUAUUCAGCGACAAGGUGAUGGAGGUGAUCAGCCCGGACGACGACUACGUGUGGGUGCACGACUACCACCUCAUGGUCCUCCCCACCUUCCUGCGCAAGCGCUUCCACCGCGUGCGCCUCGGCUUCUUCCUGCACAGCCCGUUCCCCUCUUCCGAAAUCUACCGCACGCUCCCCGUGCGGGACGAGAUCCUGCGCGCGCUGCUCAACGCGGACCUGAUCGGCUUCCACACCUUCGACUACGCGCGCCACUUCCUCUCCUGCUGCUCGCGCAUGCUGGGCCUCGAAUACGAGUUGAACGCGGCGCUGAGUCUCGCGGACACGGAGUGGCGGGUUGGGGAGCUGCGCGCGCAGUUUGAGGGGAAGAAGAUUGUUCUUGGCGUGGACGAUAUGGACUUGUUCAAGGGGAUCGGGCUGAAGAUGCUGGCGAUGGAGCAGCUGCUGCGGCAGCACCCCGAGUGGGUUGGCAAGGUGGUGCUCGUGCAGAUCGCCAACCCUGCUCGCGGCCGCGGGGCUGAGGUCGAGCACAUGCAGAACGACAUCUACUCCAUUGUCAAGCGUGUGAACCGUGAGUUUGGUCGAGAGGGGUACGAGCCGGUGAUGCUGCUGGAGCGGCACGUGCCCAUGUACGAGCGCGCAGCCUUCAUGUCGCUGGCCGAGUGCCUCGUCGUCACAGCCGUGCGCGACGGCAUGAACCUCACGCCCUACGAGUACAUCGUCUGCCGUCACGGGGUGGAUGCUGCCCAGGCCGCCUCUGUUGCUGCUUCUGCCGCUGCCCGCGCGUCUCCUGCUGCUGCGACCGCUGCUGCUGCUCUUGGCCCUGGUGCCGCUGCUGCUGCUGCUGGUGGUGUAGCUGCCGGUGCUGCUGGUGCUGGUAGCGCUGGCACGGGCGCACAUGAGGGGUCAGGGGCCAAGCCUCCCCUGCCCACCCAUCGCUCCCACGCGCAUUCGUCUCUCGACCCUCCAGCUCAGGCUCCUGCGUCCUCUGCAGACGCAGGAGGGGACGAGGCAAAACACACAGAGACAGCAGGAGCAGCGGAGGGAGGAGCAGCAGCAGGAGAGGGAGGAGCAGCAGCGGGGGGUGCGGGGGCAGUAGACAUCGCAAGCGAUGGGGUGGCAGCAGAUUCAGGUGCCGCCGCAGCAGCAGCAGGCGCUGCUGGUGAUACAGCAGGGGCACCUGCGGGAUCCGCAAAAGCAGCAGGGGCAGGAGCAGCAGGAGCGGGAGCAGGAGGAGCAGCGGGAGCGGGAUCAGUGGGAGCAGGAGCGGAGAGCGCGACAGGGCCUGUGGUGGGGCCGUCGCCGUCGCUGCCAGCGAUCAUAACGAAGCGGGGUGGCGAGGCGGAGAGCAGGAAGAAGCGGCGCAGCGCCAUUGUGGUCUCGGAGUUUAUUGGCUGCUCGCCAUCCCUCAGUGGCGCCAUUCGAAUCAACCCCUGGAAUGUGCAGGCGGUGGCGGACGCGGUGAACAGUGCGUUGACGAUGGGGGAGGCGGAGCAGGAGAUGCGGCAUGACAAGCACUACAAGUACGUGCGCGACCACCACGUCGGCUACUGGGCGCACUCCUUCGUCUCCGACCUGCAGCGCACCUGCCGGGAGCACAGCCACCUGUGCUGCUACGGCAUCGGCUUCGGGCUGGGCUUCCGCACAGUGGCGCUGGACCCCAACUUCCGCAAGCUGCAGACCGACCUGCUCGUGCGCUCCUACCAGCGCGCACAGUCGCGCCUCAUCCUGCUCGACUACGACGGCACCAUGAUGCCGCAGACGUCCAUCAACAAGACCCCGGGGCAGGACGUGUUGGACGUGGUGCAGCGGCUGAGCAGCGACCCGCGCAACACCGUCUUUGUCGUCAGCGGCCGCCGCCGCGAGAACCUCGAGGCCUGGUUCCACACCUGCCCGCGCCUUGGCCUCGCGGCUGAGCACGGCUUCUUCGUCAGCUGGAGCCGGUCGGCCCCCUGGCAAACGACAAUCGCGCAGCAGGACGCCACGUGGAAGGACGCGGCCCUCCCAGUCCUGGAGCUCUACACGGAAUCCACCGAUGGUUCGUACAUCGAGACCAAGGAGAGCGCGCUCGUGUGGCACCACCGCGACGCGGACCCCGACUUUGGGUCGUGGCAGGCCAAGGAGCUGCUGGACCACCUGGAGAGCGUGCUGGCUAAUGAGCCGGUGGUGGUCAAGGGCGGGCAUCAUAUCGUGGAGAUCAAGCCGCAGGGAGUGAGCAAGGGGUUGGUGGUGGAGCAGCUGCUGAGGGCGUCCAAGGGGGCAGGCAAGGCGGCACCGGACUUUGUGCUGUGUGUGGGCGACGACCGGUCGGACGAAGACAUGUUUGAGCGCAUCAACGCCAUCAUGACCACCGCCCCCUCGCCCACACCCCUCGCUGAAGUCUUCGCCUGCACUGUGGGGCAGAAGCCGAGCAAGGCGCGCUACUACCUGGACGACACCAGCGAGGUCAUCAAGAUGCUGCGCGGGCUCGCCAACGCGCCCUCCAUGCCCUCCACCAUCCCCCCGCCCCUCUCCUCCUCCACCUCGGUCCCCACCGCCUCCGCUGCCCCGCUCCACACACUCCCGCCCCAGCACCAGCCGUCACACGCUGCCACAGCUGCUCUUCUAGGCCCCCAGCCUGGGUUGUACACGUUGGGGGCUACGGGGGGACCGGCUUCGGUGGUGGGAGCACCAGGGUCUAUGCUUGGAGGCAUGAUGGGGGGUGUGAUGGGUGGGGCGAUGAUGGGGGGUCUGCCGGGGGGAGGGUUGGGAGGGGCGCUCCCGCCCGCAGACAAUGCGCAUUUGAACUUUGGGGUGGAUGAGAGUGAAGGGUUGUGA